AUGCAGAUUUUUGCUCCGCCGGAAAAGAACAAUUUAGAAGCUCCAAAGUUUUUAGCACUUUCAUCAAAAACCGCUACAUCCUGGUUCGUGAAUGAGGAAGGCACCGAGGCAGCAGCCGCAAGCGCCGCAGAGUUUGAGUUCCGUAUGAUGGGACCGGCUCCGUUCAUCGCCGAUGAACCGUUCAUAUUUGCCAUUGUUAAAAAUCUCAAGACAAUACUGUUUGUGGGCAGAUUUGCCGGAUGA